AUCAGGAUAUCUAAUUUUCGGGUUUUUUUGGUUGAUUUUUAUCAUUUCAAGAGUGGAAAUCUUGAUACCUGCCGUCUUGGUUUCCAUGAGAAAUGGUUUAAAGUUCAAAGCUUUUGACAGAGUCAAGGAGUGGAGUCUUUCUAGUCCCGAGUCAAUUCGGGAAAUGAGUAGGAUACUUCCUCACCUCCUCGAUCGGACUCUUCGGCCGUGUAGUGAGUAUGAAGGGAUUUCCCAAAUGCACAGACCUCGGCCUGCUUGUCCAAGUCUCCCCUUCUCCAGUUCCCGAGUCAACUGCCGUGUUAAACUGAGAAACUCCAUAUUUAUAUUAUAUUAUAUUGUGAAGGCAGCAGGAGCUACCAACACAAAUAAUUAUCCGAACACGUUGUUUGUUUUAUCGAUCCAUAGAGUAAUAGGUUGUUGCUGGUGAAUUGGGAUAUGGCUUCUGUCUCCGCCCUCUUUGUUUUCUUUCUUCUCUCUUACCUCGUGUUGCUUCUUUCGGCCCAACCAGAAGAAACAUACAGUUCCCAUAACUGUCAUCCCUUUCGUUGUGGAGAUCUGGACAGGAUCGGCUUCCCAUUCGCCAAUACCACGCACCCAAAAUGUGGUGUUGGCAUCGUAAGUUGUAACAACGAAACUGAGACGAUUCAACUGGCCGUGACCGAUGAAAGACAGUACGAAGUUAUAAACAUCAGUUGGAUUCCUGACCAGCCUAAUGCUGCUUAUGUCCUGGGUAUUCGGGACCAGGAGCCUUGGGAGAACUGGGAUUCCGUUAGAUGCGAAUCCAUAAAGAAUUUGAGUACUAAAUAUAUCCCCAAAUCUCCAUCCAUCUCUUUUGAAAUCAUCUCACCCAAUCGGAACUUUGUCAGAUGCGACAGACCUGUCCCUGAUUUGCCUGAUUUGGGGCUGAUAGAAUUGAAGAGUAUUAAGUGCAGAGACAAUUAUCAUGUCUACCACCAUACAAAUCGAAGCGAAGAUAUUCAUAUUCCUUAUGGAUGUUCCAUUAUUCAGCUCCCAAUAAAGCCGGGGCCAAGUGACGGUGAAACGUACAUAACCGGUGAGUUCGAACUUCGGGUGAGUGUGCGUGAUGAUUGUUCCGAGUGCUAUGAGAGAGAAGGUCAAUGCCAGAUUCACCUCAAGAGUAAAGUUAUUUGUGCAAAGGAAGGGAAGAGUACUAAAGUGUGGGCGAUAGCCUUGGGGGGUGUUGGAUGCUCUGCGAUUGUCAUUAUCAUUAUUUGGUUGGGUUUUCGUAUGUGGCGUUCUUACAAGAAAAAAAAUGCUUCCACAAACUUUUUGGGGAGGAAUACUAAUGCUGUUCAAUCCUCAAGAUCAGACGUGGAAGGGGGAAGUGUCUACUUUGGAGUGCAUCUUUUCCCAUACAGCGAACUUCAAGAAGCAACCAAUAACUUUGAUGAUGAAAAAGAACUCGGAGAUGGUGGAUUUGGGACUGUAUAUUAUGGGAAACUCCAUGAUGGGCGGGAAGUUGCAGUCAAGCGCCUAUACGAGCGCAACUGCAGACAAGUACAACAGUUUAUCAAUGAAGUUGAAAUUCUCACGCGCAUGCGCCACAAAAAUCUAGUGUCCCUUUAUGGGUGUACUUCACGCCGCAGCCGUGAACUUCUUCUCGUGUAUGAAUACAUUCCCAAUGGUACUGUUGCAGAUCAUAUUCAUGGAGAACGAGCAACAGCUGGUUCACUCCCAUGGCCUACGCGUAUGAGCAUCGCCAUUGAAACAGCUAGUGCAUUGGCUUACCUCCAUGCUUCUGAGAUCAUACAUCGUGAUGUGAAAACCAAUAAUAUUCUCCUUGACAACAACUUUUGCGUCAAAGUUGCAGAUUUUGGGCUUUCUCGACUCUUCCCCAAUGAUGUCUCCCAUGUCUCGACAGGACCUCAAGGGACUCCAGGCUAUGUUGACCCCGAAUAUUAUCAGUGUUACCAGCUUACGAAAAAGAGUGAUGUCUACAGUUUUGGGGUUGUCCUCCUUGAGCUCAUAUCAUCUCUCCCGGCUGUUGAUAUAACUAGGCAUCGGCAUGAAAUAAACUUGGCUAACUUGGCUGUAAACAAGAUUGAACAGCGCGCAUUCCAUGAGUUGAUCGACCCACAUCUUGGCUUUCAGUCAGACGACGAAGUUAAAAGGAUGACCAUUUCAGUUGCAAGCUUGGCUUUCCAAUGUAUUCAAGAGGGCAAGGAACUGAGGCCUUCCAUGGAGGAGGUUUGGGAAGCAUUAAAGGGUAUUCAAAGUGGUAAGGAUGCUGGAACUUUAAAUGUACACCCACCAACUUCACCGGAUUGUGAUGAGGUUGGAUUAUUGAAGAAAAAACAUGAGCUGCCACCUUCACCAAGUGCUGUGACUGAUAACUGGACUAGUAGUACUAGAUCUUCUACACCCAAUAUCAGUGGUUAAAUUUCUUCUCCAUUCUGCUAAGUUAAUUUUUCAAGUAGAUGAUAAGAUAAUGAGUCAUGUUGAUUAUAUUAAUAUAUUAAUGUAACAAAUUUUAAAUGAUUUUAUUUA